AGCCCUUCACAAUGUAACGUCAACUCAAAUACAAAACACGUCCUGUCUUAACUCUUAACCAAAACGACAAAACAAUGGCACUCAUGAACGGCGGCUUGAAUCUCCCAUCUACCAAACCGGCGAUCCGCCACCGUCAACCGGUCUCCUCCUCCGCCUCUAGACCGGCAUUCCUACGGAUCUCCGCCGUUAUCGAUCCCAAGAACGAAUCCGUUACUCCUGCGGCAAUGGUGAAGAAGCCCGUCGGGGUUAGUUUGAGCAAAUCUAAAUGGUCUCCGGAGACGUGGAAGGCGAAGACCGCGCUGCAGCAGCCGGAGUAUCCGGAUCAAACGGAGCUGGACUCGGUUCUCAAGACGAUCGAAGCCUUCCCGCCGAUCGUGUUCGCCGGGGAGGCUAGGCUGCUCGAAGAGAGGCUAGGUCAAGCCGCCAUGGGAGAAGCGUUUCUAUUACAAGGAGGUGAUUGUGCCGAGAGCUUCAAGGAGUUCAACGCUAACAACAUCCGUGACACGUUCAGGAUCAUUCUCCAGAUGGGUGCGGUUUUGAUGUUCGGCGGUCAGGUUCCGGUUAUCAAGGUGGGAAGGAUGGCUGGUCAAUUUGCUAAGCCGAGAUCAGACUCGUUUGAGGAGAGAGAUGGUGUGAAGCUGCCUAGUUAUAGAGGAGACAACAUUAAUGGAGAUGCCUUUGAUGCCAAGUCAAGGAUCCCUGAUCCACAGAGGAUGGUCAGUGCCUAUUGCCAAUCUGCAGCCACUUUGAAUCUGCUUAGAGCCUUUGCCACUGGUGGCUACGCUGCUAUGCAGAGAGUUACUCAGUGGAAUCUUGACUUCGCUGAGCAUAGUGAGCAAGGAGACAGGUACCGUGAACUUGCUAACCGGGUCGAUGAGGCACUUGGUUUCAUGCACGCUGCUGGGCUAACGCUUGAUCAUCCUAUAAUGCAAACAACUGAUUUUUGGACAUCUCAUGAGUGUUUGCUCUUGCCUUACGAACAAUCACUGACCAGACUAGACUCUACCUCUGGUCUCUACUAUGAUUGUUCUGCCCAUAUGGUAUGGGUUGGAGAGCGUACCAGACAGCUUGAUGGCGCCCAUGUCGAGUUUCUUAGAGGCAUUGCAAACCCACUCGGUAUUAAAGUGAGUAACAAGAUGGACCCAGCCGAGCUGGUGAAGCUGAUUGAGAUCCUGAACCCUGAGAAUAAACCGGGGAGGAUAACUAUAAUCACAAGAAUGGGUGCAGAGAAUAUGCGUGUGAAACUUCCUCAUCUAAUAAGAGCGGUUCGUGGGGCUGGACAGAUUGUGACAUGGGUUAGUGAUCCUAUGCAUGGUAACACCAUCAAGGCUCCUUGCGGUCUCAAGACACGUCCGUUUGACUCCAUCCUGGCUGAAGUGAGAGCGUUCUUCGACGUGCACGACCAAGAAGGAAGCCAUCCUGGAGGUAUUCACUUGGAGAUGACAGGACAGAACGUGACGGAGUGUAUUGGUGGGUCUCGCACAGUGACCUUUGACGACUUGGGUUCACGUUACCACACGCACUGUGACCCACGCCUCAAUGCGUCGCAGUCCCUUGAGCUCUCCUUCGUCAUCGCGGAACGGCUCAGAAAAAGACGGAUCAAGUCCCAACAAGCUUUUGCUGUCUAGUAAUCGGGGAAGCUAAACAUUUUACAUGACUAUGAUCUCUACCUUAUGGUUACGUGACACGUUUUAGUCUGUUUUAUUUUACGUCCAGAAACUAUAGUUUCAUUGCCUAAGUGCAUGUACUAUAUAUAUACAUGAUUGUAUCGUUGUAUUUCGGAUACUGCAUCAGUUUUCUUUUCUCUUGUUCAAAUAAGAUAAUUAUCAUUAUCAAUGAAUGAAGGUUAAACACA